AUGACCAAAUCUGAUAACGCCGGCUCCUCUAAGCCGAUUGUCCCCUCUCUUCACCCAGCCUAUUCCGUUUCCAAUAUCCAAUCCAAGAUCAGAACUCUGGAUGGUACCAAAGUUUCAUACACCUCCUGGGUUAAACUUUUCAAAUUUCAUGCUAUUGCUUAUAAAGUUCUGAAUCACAUUGACGGUUCCCCACACCCGAAAACCACGGAUCCAGAACAUGAGGCUUGGAAAGAAUUAGAUGCUCUUGUCUCCCAAUGGAACUACAGCACUCUAUCCGACGACUUGCUCACUCGGGUCCUCGACACGGAUGCCACUGCGCAUGACACCUGGUUGAAGCUUGAGAAAAUUUUUCUCAGCAACAAACAGGCGAAGGCUGCCGCACUCGAAACCCGGUUCGUCAACCUAACUCUUGCAUCCUGCUCCUCAGUCGAUGAUUAUUGCCAACAACUAAAGGAACUUGCCAAUCAACUUGCUGAUGUUGAUAAGCCCGUUAACGACCAAAGGUUAGUGUUACAACUCGUUCGUGGACAUUCACCGGAAUUUGACACCACGGCUCAACUUAUUCACUCUCAAAAAGCUGACUGGGAUCUUGCGAGAACCAUGCUCCAUGAUGAAGUAAUCAGAAAAGAGGCACGUCAACAGCAGUCAACGUCGGUUCUGGUGGCCCCCACGGCCCAAUCUCCAUCCCCGAACCCACCCAACAUCACCUUCAACCCAAACCCGCAACCUGCUGACCCAUCCGCUGCUCCAAAUCAGCCACCAGGCCAGCCAUUCCGGGGUCGGGGACGAGGUCGAAAUUAG